AUGUGGACAGUGGAGUUUUUCCUGUUUGAUGUCACACGGCUACCCUUUAAAAGUCCGAGGGAAAAAAGGAGGGAAUAGCUAGGAUCCGCAGGCCAGAUACCCACAAAGAAGAGGAGGAAAAGGCCUGGGAGGCAGGCAGUGUCAGGUUUCAAACUCCAGCCAGCCAUUCAAGCAAUGUCAGGGACCCGCCUUGGGCUCCUGGUCUCUGUCCUGUGCUGGGUAGUCAGAGCCUAUCCCAACGCCUCCCCGCUCCUCGGCUCCAGCUGGGGUGGCCUGACCCACCUGUACACGGCCACCGCCAGGAACAGCUACCACCUGCAGAUCCACAAGGAUGGCCGUGUGGAUGGCACACCCCACCAGACCAUCUACAGUGCCCUGAUGAUCCGAUCAGAGGAUGCUGGCUUUGUGGUGAUCACAGGGGUGAUGAGCAGGCGGUACCUCUGUAUGGACUUCAGAGGCAACAUCUUUGGAUCCCACCUCUUCAGCCCCGAGAGCUGCAGGUUCCGACAGCGGACACUGGAAAACGGCUACGACGUGUACCACUCCCCGCAGCACCGCUUCCUCGUCAGCCUGGGCCAGGCCAAGAGGGCCUUCCUGCCGGGCACCAACCCGCCGCCCUACUCCCAGUUCCUGUCCCGGAGGAACGAGAUCCCCCUCAUCCACUUCAACACCCCCAGACCGCGGCGGCACACGCGCAGCGCCGAGGACAUGGAGCACGACCCGCUGAACGUGCUGAAGCCCCGGCCCCGCAUGACCCCCGCACCGGCCUCCUGCUCUCAGGAGCUCCCGAGCGCUGAGGACAACAGUGUGGUGGCCAGCGACCCAUUAGGGGUGCUCAGAGGCAACCGGGUGAACGUGCACGCGGGGGGGAUGGGCGUGGACAGGUGCCGGCCCUUCCCCAAGUUCAUCUAGGGAAACCAAAAAGGAAUCCUUUCCCAGCAGCCUUUCAGAAAACCAAACUGUCUUCAGGGGGACCCGCGCCCUCCGCAGUGCAGGGAAUGGGAAGGUGGGGGUGGAGCGGGCAGUUAGCGCCAGGAGGUCCCCCGAGAAUGUACCUUUAAGGCCUGAGUCAUGGCGGUUUCACCGCCUUCCCCACCCCGCCUAUGCCACCUGUCCGAACUCUGAAGCCCAGAAAGAUAAAACUAGAAGUUUCGCCUUGGUGAAGGAGAGAGGGAUUCCCACCCCGACCACCACCCAUCCCCCCAACACCCCAGGCAGUUCCUCUUCCCUAUGCCUCUCCUCUUCAUCAGUCCAGCAUUAAAACCCAAGCACAGGCUUAGUGAGCUCACCGCCUGGAAGGUGAAGGGAAGAGCCAAUGCCAGCAGCAUCUCCACUGCUCCUGACGUUUGUGGCACCAGCCCCGCCCGACCCUGUUGGCAUUUGAGUCUGCAACCUUGACUAGGGCAUUAACAGCUGACCUGGGCAAAUUGGUAAAAUCCUAAUCUCAAGGCUUUUCUCUUCCUUGAGCAUCUCUGGAGAAGAGCUGUCAGAAAGAUGGGCAGUAGGCUGGUCAAAAGGGAACUAGAACGCUGGGACAACCGAGGCAAGAAAUCAAGCUAGAAAAUUCAAACUCCCUAUGGAGUGGACCCCCCUUGCCAGGCUCUCUCCCCUUCUAUGUAGGCAGAGCCGAAGGGACGAGAAGGACCCUGCCUGCUCCCAAGCAGACCGUGACAUAACCCUGUCUAUGGGCCCCGUCUUGGGCUUUAGUGAAUUUGGCCAGGGGAAGAGCUUUGGCAUUGGCUCAUGAAAAUCUCCCCUGCUAGGAAAUGGAAAUUUUUUUUUUUUAAUAAAUUUUUAAAUGGAAAUAAAUUCAAAUUCCCCUCUGAGGCAUUUAUGAAGCCUACUUCCCAGCUGAGUAGUAUUGCAUUCAGGAUUAAGUACCAAACCGACACAGGGAGGGAAUCUUGGGACAAUGGGAUUGCUCUUGGGUUCCAUUUUCUGUGGAAGUGAAGUGGCAUCAAGGACUCAGGGGAAAAGAAGUCCGAUAAUCAGGGGACCAAAAUGUAGGAGUUACCCAAAGACAACACUGUCGGCUCUUCUCUAUGCUCUGCUUAUAGCUCUCCAGCACUGGCUCCAGAGGUAAACACUCCUGGGCUGACAUGUUCCGGUCUUGGCCACUUGCAAAUUCUGGGGGCAUUACAUGAAGACAGUUUUUGGUUCCGUGAAAACCCAUCCUCACUUACCCAACAGCUGAGGCACCAGCCAGGUGGGCCUGAUGCUCAGCCUCCCUCUACCUAGCCUUAGCACCUGACUCAGAGUCUUUCUAUGGAGUGGCGGGGGUUGGGGGUUCCCAUGUUCCUACCUCUGUUAGAUGGCCGCCCACAGAGCAGAAUGCUAGCUAGCAACAGCUUCUUCACAUCACCUUGCUUUUUCCCACUGCCAUCAUGCACCCAGCCUUAGAAACAAAUCCGUUCUUUUUACUUCUGAAAUAUCGGACAACUCUUUUCACUUGAUGGUUUUAAGCUGAACUUGAAGGACUGGUUCCUAUUCUGAAAUGCUAAAACUAUGUAUGCUCCCAUAUAGCAGUGCAUGGCAAAUAUUUUCUCCAUAGUUUUCAUUUCCUGAUAGAGAUAUUACACUGUUUAUAAGCUUUUGGAAGCUCCCCCAUACUGAUAACUAGACAUAAAAUCCCAGAAAGGACUCUGGCAGAAAACUGGUCAUUAUCUUAUACACGCAAUACCAUUUAUUAGGGGUUCUUCCUUUGGCAGAGCCGGGGUGGUCCCCACAAUUUCUUA